AUUAACAGUCAUAUUACACCUUUCAUAUUAUUGUCAAAUUAUUAUUUUUCAAACAGACUUUUUAAUUAAUAAUACAUUAUAAUUUAUAAUAAAUGAUAUUGCCCUCGCUUGAUCGACCGUACGUGUCAAAACUUCUAAUGAAACUGCCAGAAUGGAUGUUUCCAAAUUACCGAAUCGCUGUAUCCCCUGUGAUACAUGACUCCAAUAGAGAAGCCUCUAUAUUUUUUAGCGAGGAUAGGCCAAAGAUUUUUGAAGAUUUCAGUGACUCUUUGAGUUCUGUAAGCGAUGAUUCUGAAGGUAAAAUAACAGUAAUCACUGUGGAAAUGGAUUAUGGAUUAGAGACAAUUGUAGAGUGUGAAGCAUCCACUUCAGCUUCUCUUAAAGAAGAUCAAUUGCUACAGAAUAAGCAAAAAACACUGCUCGGAAAAACACCUUUAAGUCAAAUAACCAGUAGAGAACUAAAAUCUGUUAAGUUACGUCCAGUAGCAGCAUCCACUAUACCAAAGACCCCGGAGAGGCCCGAUUUAAUGGCAACACUAAGAAAAAGAUUUGAAGCUAAUCACUCACCAUCGUUUGACGAUGUCUUGAUGUGUAUUGAGUAGCAGUCAAGACUAAUUUUUUAGUUCUUUUCUAAUAUUUUUUUUUAGUCUAUGAAUUAGCCUAUCAAGCCUUAAGAUGACUUUCGUUAUUUGUCAACAAUCAUUAUUCAUUUCUAUAUUGGCGAAAUAAAAUAUAUUUUUAUUAAAAUUA